GUUCUGUUCGGAGAUUUUAACGGCCUCCGCGGACGUCGUCAGAACAGUCAAACAUCAUGGAUUCCAUUCGCGCAGUCCUCUCCCCGGACGAGAUCAUCGAGCCCUCAUCGCCCGACUACGCGAAGGAAAGCCAAGUAUGGUCUGCGCACAAGGAUCUGCAUCCACAGCUCGUCGCUCGCCCUCAAACCGUCGAAUCGCUCUCCAAGCUGCUCAAGACGCUCAAUGACACCGAAAUCGAUUUCAACAUACGCUGCGGCGGCUGCGGAUCUGCUUCCUCGCGAGGCGUCUUGAUCAGCAUGUCCGCUUUUGACGGCUUUGAGUUCAACAAAGAGGAGGAGUAUGUUGUUGUCGGCGCAGGCCAGUUGUGGCGCCAUGUUGAUGCGAAGGUGGAAGAAUUUGCGCCGGGGUACUCUGUCGUUGGUGCGCGCUGCACAUACGUUGGCGUCGGCGGCGGCACUCUUCAAGGCGGCGUGUCGUGGAUGUCAUCCGAGCUGGGAUUAUCGAGCGAUCCUCAAAAUAUGCUGGAUGCGCAAGUAGUACUUAUGGACGGCUCGGUCCUAUGGGCGUCUAGCGAUUCCGAGCUACUCUGGGCGCUGCGCGGCGGAGGCGGACGUUUCGGCGUCGUGACGGCGUUCAAACUACGUGCGCACAAGUAUCCCCAAAAGGUCUACAGCGGGAUGAUCUUGUACCCGCGAGAAGCGCUGGACGAGCUGGCGAAGAAAGUGCCAAAGUUUGCGGCAGAAAACACUGAUCCGAAAGUCGCCAUGCACUUUUACUGUCUAGACAUGACCAAUGGGGCUUUUGUGGGUAAGCCGAGUGUGCCUGGUUUGGGGUUGCUGGUGUAUGAUGCCCAUGGAGAGGAGCAUGGCCGGAACGAGGCGUUCAAGUGGGCGCUGGAAAUUCCUGGGGCGACGGAUACUACGGCCGGGAUGAGCUACCGCCAGGUGAAUCAGCUGAAUGACAUGCUUGAGGCGGUCAGAGGCCAGACAAACCAGAUGAUGACGGCAGUAGUGAUCCCGACCGUUACCGAAGAUCUAAUCAGGCGGACUUGGAAAUGGUUUGACGAGACGCUUCUCCUGGAGCCAAAGCUGAAUGCGGGUACUUUCGUGCUCAUCGAAAUCAUGCAAAAGGAAGCCUUCCAGACCGUCGGCUCCCGCACGGCGACCGGCUGGCCUCGCCCGAAAGGCCGCCACAUCCUCCAACUCGGGACGGGCGCACUCAACGGCUGCACACCAGAAGUGCACAGUCUAGCAGUUGAAAGGCUCGCUGCCGGAGCACACGAGAUCUGCGACAAGUACUCGGGUGGCGACUGUCUUCCGCGAGAUUUCGAGGAGUUCCACGACCCGGUCGAGAUGUUCGGAGAGAACGUGGAGAAGCUGCGAGAGGUUAAGAAGCGCGUGGAUCCGAAGAAUAGGCUAAGAGGAGCCUAUGAGCUAUAGGAAGUUACGAACGCAAGAGAGAGUAAGAAGUUAGAAGUCGCAACGCUCAGUCUGAAGCCCUUCACUGGUUAUUUUAAAAGCCCCAUUCUCCAUUGACAGAGCUGACGGUCUUCGGCGCCCCAUCCAGCGAACUGCGGACAGAGUAGUGUGUGUAGAUGACUAAUCAGGGCCCAAGAAGAUAUCUGGUUUGUGUUGAUAGGGUCAUUCGACUUCA